CGCGCAUUGCUCCCGGAAGCACAUCCCCGCACGUGUGGCGUUUGACAACCUUGAAGAGACUACAAAACAGCUAAAGUAGCCGUUAGCUUAUGUCUCACAACAAAGCGGCCCCGCGAUGCCAGUGACACGAUUAUUGUACCCUCUCUUCCAGCUGGGCAACCCCCAGCUGAGAAUCUUCAGACCCAAGUGGUUCCUGACCCUGGUGAGGCCGGGGAAAGAGCAGCCCCCUGACACUGUCCAGUUUCGCAUCCCAAUGGAAAUGACCAAGUGUGAUGUAAAGAACUACCUGGAGAAGAUCUAUAACGUCCCUGUGGGAGUAGUCCGCACCAGGAUACAGUUUGGCUCCAACAAGAAGAGGAAUCAUCUUAACCAGAAGGUGAAGCAGCCCGACUAUAAAGUAGCUUACAUUCAGCUGGCACAGGGCCAGACGUUCACCUUCCCUGACAUCUUCCCGGAAAAGGAGCAGACGCCGAAGGAGGGCUCCGUGGAGGAGAUGCAGGAGAAGUUUAUGGAGGACGAGAAGCAGAGGCAGAGACUGGACCCCAGGAGAGGAGGGGUCACUGAAUGGUUCGGACUCUGAGAGAACCCUCCCGACCGGGAACUCUUGAGCGUGUUGUGCAGCGUGGGUGUUUUCACUGGGAGCAACAUGUAUUGAUUUACAGCGCGACUGUUGUGAUGUCACUUCUAUUUAUGUACGAAACACUCACAAGUAUGUAGUAAAGAAGAAUGAGCAUGUGUGUGGGAGACCGGAGACGUGUGUGUGUGUCUGUGUGUGUGUGUGAGGCAGAGCGAGUUUGUGAGGCUCCAGUCCAGUAACGAGAGCCAGAACAGAAUCACAGGAGGAGGAGGAGAGUGGAGCAGGAGGAGAGUGGAGCAGGAGGAGAGUGGAGCAGGAGGAGAGUGGAGCAGGAGGAGAGUGGAGCAGGAGGAGAGUGGAGGAGGAGAGUGGAGGAGGAGGAGAGUGGCCCUGCUCCAUCUUUCAUGAAACCAGCCCACCGUACAGAAUCACCUCAGAUGACCUCCUCGUUUUGCUGCCCCUACUCCUCAUGUUCCACCUCCUUCUCGUUUUUACUCCUCAUCUUUGGCACCAGUACGUCAGCACCUCCACCUUCCAUGACUCGCCUCCUCCCCCUCUCUCGUGCCUCUGUCUGCACGUCUCCUCGUCCUCUGCCACCCUGGGGAGUCAUACGGGGGGGGGGGGUCCCUCACAGCCCUGACUCUCAGCCAGUUGGACCCGCUCACCUGGACGAACCCACAUCCGUUCCUCUCUCUUUUAUGAGUUUGCCUUUUAUUUAAUUGGCUGCUUAAGGUGAACAACAAUUGAGAUGUUGUUUCAGCAAAGUGACGACCUGGAAUUUGCUGGAGUGUUUUAUUAUUUUGCAGUAGCCCCUCUUGCCAUGACUCCGAGAAAAAGAUUGUCCAUGUGUUUGUGCGUGUGCGGUUGUUUUGGCCUCGGAUGUGGCUCUUGCCAGUGAAUCUGUCUAAUUGUAAGUGCUGUUGGAAUAAGAACUAAUAAACGGUCACAUGUCCAAAAGUG